AUUGAAAGACACAACAGAAUUUUUUUAUUUUCUGACAAAAUUGAGAAACUUUUCUCUUUUAUUGCAUUAAUGCAAGUUAUUUGGAAUACUUUUAUCAUAUGCAGUUUAGGAUUUAUUAUCAUAAUUUCACUUUAUGUUGAGACUGGUGUUAUUACAAUAAUAAAAACUAUUUUCACUUAUCUUGCUGUGAUAGUGGAAGUUUUCAUCUUAUGCUUUGCAGGAGAAUAUCUAAAUUUCAAGAGUAAAUCAAUCGCCAAUGCAGCAUAUGAAUCACUGUGGUAUGAUUUACUAUCAAAACAAAAGAAAAUUAUAAUAUUCGUAAUAAUGAGAUCUCAAAAACAAGUCAUAAUCACGGCAGGAAGAAUCACGAGUUUAUCUUUGGAAACUUUCACGAACAUCUUAAAAGCGUCAGCAUCAUACGUAUCUGUUUUACAUGCAAUGUAUUGA